AUAUGUUCUAGGGAUGCAUUUUGUUCAGGUUCAAACCUGGUUGCAGAUGACGGAAGACCUUGUACUUGUACGAACAUGCAACAAGUGGUUCAGAAUCCUCAUUAUAUGGACUGUUAUCUUUCUACUCACUGUUGUUUUCUUCAAUCCGAACAUUCUUCAAAGAACCACCCCUCAAGUUGCAAUUAGUCGGGAACUUACAGAGGCUUACUAUGCAACCCCUAGCCCACAUCCUAUCACUGUUGCCUCGAUCAAGAUACAAGGCGAUGUAUUAGGAAGAAAUAAUGGUUCCAGGAAUUCCUCAGUAGAGGACAGUGACAGUGACAGUGACAGUGACAGUGACAGUGACAGUGACAGUGACAGUGACAGUGACAGUGACAGUGACAGUGACAGUGACAGUGACAGUGACAGUGAGAUAUACCUACAUCCUCCUACCCAAGAGUGGAUUAAAAAGCAGAUUAACCGGACCAUGUCCUUAUUGGGAGAUACGCCUCACAGUCCGCCUUACAAAUGGGAAUGUAGGCAGCCACGACAAACUUAUUAUUACCCUAAAAUAAAGACCAUUUUUACUGGAAUCCCCAAAUCUGGAUGCUCAAAUUGGAUUGAAUUCCUGCUGAGAGCAGAAGGUGCUUUGAAUGUCACGUUAAAGAACGUUGAUAGAGUCCAUGACAACGAUUUCGAUUCAUUUCGGUUGAGUUCUAGUGGUGUUGCAAAGCAAGCUAAUCUAGCAAGUAUUACUGGUGAUGUUUUCGCCUUUGCUGUAGUUCGUAAUCCCUGGACACGGCUCGUCUCAGGAUUCAGGGAUAAAUUGUCUGGCGAGAAACGACCGCAACCGAGCUCGGAACCUUUCAGACAUUUAGCUCGUAAAAUAGCUUCUGUCAUGAACAAGAGAGACAAUAUCACUGAUAGUGAUCGAAUAAACCCUACAUUUAAUCAGUUUUUGCGGUGGCUCCCAGAAAAUCUAAAUAACAUCCAUUUUACUCCGCAACACCUUGCACUGUGCAUUCCUGCAGCGAGGUACGAUUACCUUGUGCCCCUCGAGUACAGUGGUGUUCUUAACCAACUUAUAGGACAGAAAAUAAACACAUCAAUGAAGAUUUCAGGUUCCUAUGAUCAAGCUAGUGAUCCUAGACUGCAAUCCUCUGCUCUUCUUGCCAAGGAGUGGCUGUCCCAGCAAGAUGAUAAACUUAUUGAUAAAAUGUACCGGAUAUUUGAAGCAGAUUUUGUACUGAUGAAUUAUAGUAAUUUUUCCCAUCCAAAUUUCCCUUUACCAAUUUAUGAUGAGAAUUGAUGUUGGGAUUGAGGACUAUAUCGACUAUC